CUCAUAGAGUGGCAUUCGAAGUGAUUUUCAUCAUCUUCAAGGUUGUUUUACAAGUAUUAGACUCUAUAUAAAGGAGAUGAGAUGACACUGUGAGUUUUGGAAAAAGGAAUCAAUUACUGUUCCAUAAUCCAUACUGUUUCUGUAUCAGACUCUAUAAAAUAAAAUACAAAAUGAUGGGAAUAGCUAGAGUGUGCUCUAGAUUAGUGCAAGCACUUGGAGUUACAGGACCAAGAUCAGGCUGCGCUGAUUCCAAUCCAAGUUGCAAACCCAACAAUGCACCUCAAGUUGACGACUUGAUGAUCAGAGCCUUAACUGCUGUGUUUGGAAUGCAAAAUGAUGGCAAAAUAAAGAAGCAGAAUGCACGCCAAGUGGUGGAGAAGCUCGGUCUGAUAUACAUGGAAGAAGAAGACGGUGAUGAAAUGGCGGUGGAGGAAGUGCUUAGUGGACUGGAAAAAGGGUCAGACCGACAUGAUUUGCUUCUGGAAGCUUUCAAAAUAUUUGAUGAAGAUGGGAAUGGCUAUAUUGAAGCAGCGGAGCUGAGAAGGGUGUUGCAGUGCUUAGGUCUCGACAAGGGCUGGGAUCUCUCCGAUAUUGAGAAGAUGUUGAAGGUUGUGGAUUUGAAUUUGGAUGGAAAGGUUGACUUUUCUGAGUUUGAAUGGAUGAUGAUGGCGACAAGUUAAAUUUUCAUUUUUUCUUAUUGAUGUUUCA